GGCGCCACAGGUCGUCGGGCAGUGACUAGGAAGGCCGCGAGACCCGGAGAGGUCGAGGUUCGGAGGUUAUGGGUCCGAGGCCCGGCACGAGGUAAGAAGAGCCUGCUGCCCCCUGGGGCGCAGCGGGAAGACCCGGCACCGGAGUUCAAGUUCUCAAUGUCUGUUGGGAUUGAGAAACUGAGCACCUAGAUAGAAAGUGCGGCCGCAACGCAGUGGUGGCUGUCCCGAUUUUCUGCGUCCGCACCUUCCUAUGGGGUCUGCAGAACUUCUGAGCGUCUGAGCGCUGGGCACCGGAUGGGCGCACCGGAGGCGCCCAAUAAAUGCCCCCUGGUGAACGAGUACAAGACCUACGCGACCAUUAGGGAGGAGACGAGCCCUGAUCCUCAAGUUGGGGGCACCAAAGGCGCGAGCACUUAUUGAACGCUUAUUGUAUGCUCUCAUGGGCCAACAUUUGUCUCCAUUUCACGGAACAAUCAGAGGCUCAGAGAGGUGACGCGAUCUCCCCAAGGCUGCACAGCUCUUUCAGUGGCUGGCACUGUAUUGGAAACUUGGAGUUUCUGGUUGCAGGUCAGCGCUUCCAAGUAGGUGACAAGCGAAAUUCUGGACACCCAAUAAAAGAGGUGAGAGUCAACAGGUGGUUGGAGCUGCUAGCCAUUUGGAACUGAAACGCUGAAGAAGGGGAAGCAGGGGGUGACGGGGAGGCCCCCCGGGGGCUGAUGGCCAGCGGACGACUGAACCUGCACUGGGUGCUGCGUCCGCUGUGGGUGCUGUGUCUGCUCUGGGUGCUGCCAAUGGUGGAGACCGUGACUGGGACCAGUGGCCCAUGGACAUGGGCCCACACGGGCCCCCCACUUCCAGCCUCAGGUGUGCACCAGGCUCCUGUUGUAGAUUGCCGUGAUGUGUGCAGCCUGAAUGUUUCUGACCGCUGCAACUUCAUCCGGACCAACCCCGACUGCCACAGCAAUGGGGGCUACCUGGACUACCUGGGCGGCAUCUUCUGCCACUUCCCCCCCAACCUCCUCCCUCUGGCCGUCACCCUCUACGGUUUCUGGCUGCUUUACCUCUUUCUCAUUCUGGGAGUCACCGCGGAGAAGUUUUUCUGCCCUAACUUGUCUGCCAUUUCUACCACUCUCAAGCUGUCCCACAACGUGGCAGGCGUCACCUUCCUGGCCUUUGGGAACGGUGCACCUGACAUCUUCAGCGCCGUGGUGGCUUUCUCGGACCCCCACACCGCUGGCCUGGCCUUCGGGGCACUGUUUGGCGCCGGCGUGCUGGUGACCACCGUGGUGGCGGGCGGCAUCGCCAUCCUGCGUCCCUUCACGGCCGCCUCCAGGCCCUUCCUCAGGGACAUCAUUUUCUACAUGGCGGCCGUGUUCCUGAUCUUCUACGCGCUCUACCUCGGCAGGGUCACGCUGGCCUGGGCCCUGGGGUACCUGGGCUUGUACGCGUUCUACGUGGUCACCGUGGUUCUCUGCACCUGGAUCUACCAGUGGCAGCGGAGGAGAUCGCUGGUCUACUCCAUGCCAGCCACCCCAGAGAUGCUGUCGGAUUCCGAGGAGGAGCGGGUGUCUUCUACUGCCAGCAGCUGUGACUAUGGCGACGAGUACCAGCCGCUGCUUUUCUACCAGGAGACCACGGCUCAGAUCCUGGUCUGGGCCCUCAACCCCCUGGACUACAGGAAGUGGAGGAGCAAGCCGGCACCCUGGAGGGUCCUCAAGGUGCUCAAGCUGCCCGUGGAGUCCCUGCUGCUCCUCACCGUCCCCCUGGUGGACCCCGACAAGGAAGACAGGAACUGGAAACGGCCCCUCAACUGCCUGCACCUGGUGAUCAGCCCCCUGGUCCUGGUCCUGACCCUGCAGUCGGGGGCCUAUGGCAUCUAUGAGAUAGGUGGCCUCUUUCCUGUCUGGGGCAUAGUGGUGAUCGUGGGCACAGCCUUGGCUGCCGUGACCUUCUUUGCCACAACCAACAGCAAGCCCCCCCGGUUUCACUGGGCCUUUGCUUUCCUGGGCUUCCUGACCAGCGCCCUGUGGAUCAACGCGGCCGCCACGGAGGUGGUGAACAUCUUGCGGUCCCUGGGCGUGGUGUUCCGGCUGAGCAACACUGUGCUGGGGCUCACGCUGCUGGCCUGGGGAAACAGCAUCGGAGAUGUCUUCUCCGACUUCACGCUGGCCCGCCAGGGCUACCCCCGGAUGGCGUUCUCGGCCUGCUUCGGCGGCAUCAUCUUCAAUGUCCUGGUGGGAGUGGGGCUGGGCUGCCUGCUGCAGAUCUCCAGGGGCCACCCGGAGGUGAAGCUGGAGCCAGAUGGCCUGUUGGUGUGGAUCUUGGCUGGCGCCCUGGGCCUCAGCCUCGUCGGUUCCCUGGUGUCGGUCCCGCUGCAGUCCUUCCAGCUGAACAAGGUCUACGGCUCCUGCCUGCUCCUUUUCUACGUGAGCUUCCUCGUGGUGGCCCUGCUCACCGAGUUCGGGGUGAUCCACUUGCCAAGUGUGUGAGUGAAGCCACGUGUCCGGGGCCACCUGGUGGUCGGGAGGUGUCACUGCAGGCGGCGAGGGGGAAGAUGGAGGAAGAUGGAUGAGUAUGGAAGCCAGAGGCGCCUUCUGCAGAGCAGCCGGAGGCGCAUGCUUGGUGGAGAGCGGUGAGGGCUGGAAGGACCGCUCUCCCUAUGGAAGGCCCUGCCCAGGCGCUGCUGUGGGCAGGGAGCAAAGCUGAGCCUCGUUUCUGGGACUUUGGAGACUGGGCUUCGUUGCGGGCAGACAGUUCCAGGCAGAAGGUAGACUUCUCUCCGGAGCCUCUCCCAGGCUGAGGUUUAGGGUGAAGGGGUGCCGCCCAGGUUGGCGUUGGGAGACUUGCGAAAAGCGUUCGGGGCUGGGGGCGACCACAGAGGCCCAGGCCCCUCCCCGGAGGUGCUCCCUGCUGCUUUCCUGCAUCUUCUCAGGGCUCGAAUGGCUGCCAAACCCAGGUCAGGAGCUGGGGUGACUGGGACCCGGUGGGCAGAGCGCCCCAUGUGCCGUGGGCUCGGGCAGCUGCCGUGGGCUGAGUCCUGAGCACCGUCCGGCAGAAACGGAAUGUGAGACACAUGCCUCAUGUUGCAUUUUCAAGCCGCCACGUUAAUAAAGCCAAAAGAAACAGGUGAA